AGAGAGAGAGAGAGAGUGAGACUCAGUGAGCGCAUCAGAGACCGGUAUGAGGAACACGAGAGGAUGUCGCUGUUUUUUGGCCACCCGGUCCGGAACCAUAACUUAGCGUCUUGAUACAUCUCUUCAGAGCUCCCAUUGAUUUCCACAGAAUCAUGGGAUUUCUUUGGGACUAACUGAUUCGGUCCACAGAUAUCCAGAGUCUCUCUGGGAAAAGGCGCGGGUACGACGGACGAGAUCAAGAUCAACUUAACAUGACCGUGGGGAAAGUUCCGGAGGGGCUUCAAUUCACCAUGCUCAUGACCCUCCUCUGCCUGAGCAACAACGAGAUUAAAGCAGCAGCCAUGGUGACCAGCAGGGCGGCGCUGGAGGGAGCGUGUCCCCUGGGCCAGUUCCCCUGUGGUAACAUGAGCCUCUGCCUGCCCCAGAAGCUGCAUUGCAACGGACACAGGGACUGUCCCAACGGGGCGGACGAACGCCACUGCGGGGACAACAUCGGCUGGGCCGACCUGUUUGCAGGGACCAUGCAGGAAGUCGACUCCGUGGACCUUUCAUUCUUUGACGAAUGUUUCCUGCAGGAGUUCCCAGAUACCUGCGAGUGCCACCAGACCGAGGUGCAGUGUGCGGCGGUCAACCUCAGCGCCGUGCCUCAACUCUCCCCCAACGUCACCUGGCUGUCCUUGAGGAGCAAUAAGAUACGACUGUUGUCCGACUAUGUUUUCUCAGAAUAUUCCUCCCUGGAGAGAUUGUACCUCCAAAACAACAGCCUGCACACCAUAUCCAAGCACGCCUUCAGUGGCCUGCACACGCUCAAGAGACUGUAUCUAAGUGAAAACGUGAUAUCCUCUCUGAGCCCAGGAGUAUUCAGAGAUCUCCAUCAGUUACACUGGUUGAUGCUGGAUCAUAACCCACUGAGGAGCGUUUCACAGGACACCUUCACUGGACUGCAGUCGCUGAUGUACCUGUCCAUGGUGGAUACUUCUCUGCAGCAGAUGCCCCAUACAAGCUUCUGCCAACACAUGCCCGCUCUGGAUUGGCUAGACCUGGUGGGGAACCAGAUACAGGUGCUCAACUACUCCAUCCUGAAGACCUGCAGCAAGCUGGAGGUUCUGUUACUGAUGGACAACAGGAUUAUCACCAUCCCUGAGAACACCUUCCAGUCGCUAUGGAAACUGGCUGAACUGGACCUGUCGGGCAACAGAAUCCAGCACUUGCCCAAGGACACCUUUAAGAGUCUGUCCAAGACUCUCCUGAAGCUAAAUAUUUCCCACAAUCCACGUCUCCACAUUAAUCCCGACCUCUUCAGCCACCUAACCCAUCUGGGAUCUCUGGCACUGGAAGGGAUUGAGAUUCCUGACGUCCAGACCAAGAUGUUUCUUCCAAUGGGAAACCUCUCCCAUAUCUACUUCAAGAGCUUCCAGUACUGCUCGUAUGCGCCUCACGUCCGCUCCUGCAAGCCCAACACGGACGGCAUCUCCUCCUUUGAGGACCUGCUGGCCAACCUGGUGCUGCGGGUCUCCGUGUGGGUCAUGGCCUUCAUCACCUGCUUCGGCAACCUCUUCGUCAUCGGCAUGCGGUCGCUGAUCCGGGCCGAGAACAACCUCCACGCCGCGUGCAUCAAAGUGCUCUGCUGUGCCGACUGCCUGAUGGGCGUGUACCUGUUCUUCGUGGGCGUGUUCGACGUGAAGUUCCGCGGAGAGUACAACCGCAACGCGCAGGUGUGGAUGGAGAGUGUGGAGUGCAGGACCAUGGGCUUCCUGGCCAUGCUCUCCUCGGAGGUGUCCGUUCUCCUCUUGACGUACCUGACCCUGGAGAAGUUCCUGGUGAUCGUCUUCCCGUUCAGCAACCUCCGACCCUCCAAGCUGCAGACUGUGACGAUGCUGUCCUCCAUCUGGCUGGUGGGCUUCCUCAUCGCCGUGGCGCCCCUCAUGAAUGAGGACGUCUUCGGGAACUACUACGGCCGCAACGGGGUCUGCUUCCCGCUGCACUCGGACCGGCAGGAGAAGCCCAUGGCCAAGGGCUACUCCACGGUCAUCUUCCUCGGCCUUAAUCUGGUGGCCUUCCUGGUGAUCGCCAUAUCCUACUCGAGUAUGUUUUACUCAAUCUACAAGACCGGCAUCAACGCCACCGACGUACGGAAUAGGCUGCACAAAGACGUGGCCGUGGCAAACCGCUUCUUCUUCAUCGUGUUCUCUGACGCCCUCUGCUGGAUACCGAUAUUCCUGGUCAAAAUUCUUUCACUGUUGAAGGUGGAGAUACCUGGCACCAUCUCCAGCUGGGUGGUGAUCUUCAUCCUGCCCAUCAACAGCGCGCUGAACCCCAUCCUGUACACGCUGACCACCAGCUUCUUCCGCGAGCAGGUGGAGCUGCUGCUGUGCCGCUGGCAGCGCCGCACCGCCCUGAAGAAGGACCGCAAGAGCCUCACCUCCUCCAUCAUCUGCAUGGAGAACUCCCGGCCCCUCUGCUACCAGGCCCCCGUCUACCUCCCCCGGGCCUCGCUGGCCACCGCCGACCCCCGCUACGGCUGACCAUGGGGUCCCCCCUCCCCCUUCACUCCCCC